UUGUCGGGUUGGAUUUAAUGUUUCUGGAAGAAUAUUAUACCAUUUUCGUUUCUCAAAAAAAGUGAUGAUUGAAGCAGAUUAAACAGAGGAACAUCAAUAAGUAACAUGGCAUCGAUUCAGGAGCGGCUUCAGCUAAAACGCGUUCCGCUUGAUAAAUGGUCAACGAAGGAAAAGCUUUGCCUAGCAUCGGCAGUGGCAUGUAGCGGAGAUCAAAAUUGGAUGUCCGUAAGCCGUUCGUUGAAGAUGCUUUGUGGUGCCAACCGGCCGGCUGAUUGGUUCUCGCAGAAAUCUUGCGCCGCUCAAUAUGGGAAGUUACUGGAGAAUGUCGAAACACCGAAGCGCAAAAAGCGUACCGCUUCCGAGAGGGAUGGAGUAGCUGCCGUAGAAACACCUGGAGAGUCCAUUUUGCGGAAGCUGACACAAGAAAGAAUCAUCGAGCUGAAAAAGAUCAUCCAAGAAGAGGCUCAGCAGUACACCAAGGUGAAGGAGGAUAUUAUUUUGAUACAAAGUGGCGUAACAGACGAGAAAAAGUUAAGAGAAAUGUGGAAGCAAAUUCAAAUGGAAAAAGCUCAGAAGGAGAAAGAGCAAAUCCUACAUGCUCAAUGGUUGAAAGAGAGGGAGGAAAAAAAGCUGGAACUAGAACGUCAGUGGAGACCAUUAUUUCCAAACUCACCCAAUUCUUCAAAAGUACUUGGAUCUAGUGUAAAGAUCAAAGAAGAGAUCGAUGAAGAUAGCCAAAGCUCUUCAAAAUCCGGCACAUCUCCCUUGCUAACAUCUUUACUAAAGAGUCCGUCGGCAAAUCCCUCCGGUAGCCAAGGGCUACCAUCAUCGGGAAGCAGUAGAUCUGCAGCCUCUCCUACAAUUACAAAUCUACUCACUGGAAAUUCACCAACAACAAUGAACAUUUAUGCUAAAAACCUAUUUCCGGUUACUGGAACCGAAUCAGCACAGCAAAAGGAGGGAAAUCAAAGCGUUUUACAGGACGAAACUAAAUUGAACAUUGGAGAAUCUAGUGCCUAUCAGGUGGCUCCAAAUCUAACAAAGCUUCUGGAUAAUCCAAUGAAAAACAAAGCUUCUGCUUCUCAUGAUGUCCAGGAGUCACAGAAACUGGUCGAAAGUGUGAUUAAAUCUGAAGAUAUGGAUACAGAUCCUGAUAAUGCAGAUCCAGCUAAAGAUUUGAUGGCUGUUUUCCAAGAAUUAAUGCCCGAAGAGCUUGAUGAAAUACUCAACGAAAAUAGUAGCAUGAUUCUCGAAGAUGAAAUUCUUGAAAACGUUGUUGAUUCGAUCAUGGAAGAGGAGGAGGAAGAAGAAGGGCAUCUGAAAGGAAAAGAUUUGGAGGCUCUAGAGCAAGCCAAUCUUCUGAAUAGCAGCAUUGUGGACGGUCAGGAUGAUGAUCAAAAAGCAAAUGGUUCAAAAAACGAGGAAUCUACUCCUGAGGUAGCAAAGGGCCCUUUUUUGAAACCGGCGGCAGCAGCGCCAUCUCCUCAGCAAGUCUCUGUAUUUGAAGAGGAUUCAAAUCUGGUCAAAGCAGACGAGAUUUCAAGCGCUGUCGAUGUCAAUGUUUCGGAAAAGAAAGAAGAUACUCAGGAGACAGUUGCUGGAGGAAACCAAGUUUUGGCGAUCAAGGAGGAGCUGAUAGAGGAAGGAAUUAAACCAGUGACCGAUGAGUUAAAAGAUAUUAUUCCGAUAGAAGACAGCAGUGGAAGCUCUUCUGGUUCAACUCCAUCUAGCGUUGAAAAUAAAGAAAAGGAUGAAACGGUAGGCUUACAUUCAGUUAAACAAGAGGAAGCAAUCAUCAUUAAAACGGAAUCUGAAGAUGAUUCUGCAGAUAAGCUGCUUGCACCACUGGAUACCAGCGCACCUGACACGGUGGCAUUGGUUAUUAAAUCAGAGGAAACUGUGGAUAUCAAACAAGAAGUUGAAGAAGAAGAAGAAGAAUACUUCGAAUCUGGUUUAAGUGAUGAAAAAUCUGUCGCAUCUGCGGUUGAAAAUAAGUUACAGCAAAGCGCUACAGCGCUGACAAGUGAAGAGGAAGCUGCUCGAGCAAAAAAGGAAGCGUUGGAAAAAUUAGCUGCUGAAUAUGAUUUUAAGGACGACGAGGAACCGAUUGUUCCAUUGUCUAUUCAGAAAUCAAAGGAAGAAAAGCACGUUCCUGAAGAAGACGUUUAUAUGGACGCCCAGGAAAACCUCGAAGAAACAGAGGGCUCAAAAGAAAUAGAGCAGAAAAAGCACGAAGACACUGUCGUGACAAUCACCGACACUGAUGAUGAUUCCUUGAUUGAAAUGAAAAUUUCUAAAACCAAACGAGACUACUCGAGACGUCGUACCGUAGAUGAACUAUGCAAGCCUAAGGACGAGCAUUUGAGUACUCCAAAAAACGAAGAAUCCGAAGUAAGAAGUCUACGAAAGCUUCGUGAUCGCGAUCGUUCAAUAAGCCCGUUUGUCAUACUGGAUGAUGACGCAAGCGACAAGAUGAAACGGAGCUAUUCUUCAACACCAGUUAUGGAUUCUAUUCCUAGCUCUCCAGCUUCAAGUGAAGAUCGAGACUAUCGAGCGUGGAAGAAGUCGAUUAUUUCCAUACAUUCGAAAAUUUCUUCGCUUCGGCAAGCAACAGCAUUCAUGAAGCCUCUACCCGAAGAACAAAUAUCGGACAUCAUAUAUCGUCCGAUGGAUCUUUCCACCAUAAAAAAGAACAUCGAAAACGGAACCGUCAGAACAACGGCCGAAUAUCAGCGAGACGUUAUGUUGAUCUACGUGAAUGCGAUGGUCCUAAAUCGAGAAGAGAUCUGCUGCUCUAAAGCCGCUCAAUUUCUAAUGAACGAAUGUGUUGCACUCGUUGAAUCAAUCAUGGAAACCGGCAGGGCUCAUCGCGAGAAGGAAUCGGAAGGGCGAGGCAGCAGUGCAAACAAAAGAAGUUCACGAAAAGGAAACACUAGAAGUUCAACUUCGACUACUCGCAAUUAACUUCGCGAUUAGUUGUGCACUAAUAGAUAUAAGAAUAGUCGUACAAUAAACAAAUGAUCACCCAUUA